UGUAACAUUCAGUUAGUGUAAGCUGUCUUAUCCGUGCAUCUUGGAAAGUGAGGAUUUGCUGUCAGUUUUGGGAAGAAUUGUUACAAAAAGGGUGUUGGGAAGAUGGAGAAGACUUUGAACAGAAUUCAUCCAGUUUCUGAUCCAGAAGCAACCUAUUUUCUACAGGUGUCAUGGGAAAAGGAUUUAGGCACUGGCUUUGGUUUACUUCUCAGUGACUGUCAGUGUGCCUGGACUGGGACAGUGUCUGAAUCAGAUAUUUCUAGGGAGGCUGCUGACAUAGAAAUGGACAAAGAAAAAUAUGUGGAAGAGCUGAGGAAAGCACUGAUAGCUGGAGAAGAGUCAGCUGGCAAAUACAACUUUGUGAUUUCGAGGGAUGAGCAGAAUAAGGCCUGUCACUUCUCCUAUGAAAGGAACCUGAAAGACGGCUCUUUCAGACUUGGAUCUCUGAAGCUGCAGGAAGUCCCAAACCCAGCAGAGGUGAUCAAGGAACUCAUUGGUUACUGCCUGGACAGCCUGGGGAAGCUGCAGGCCAAAACUGAGCAUCUGCAGAGGGAAAAUGAAAGGCUUUUCAGCAACUGGAGCGAGGUGGAGAAGAGGCUGGAAAAAUGCGUGAAAGCCAAAGAGGAGCUGGAGGCAGACCUUUACAGCAGGUUUGUUUUGGUGCUGAAUGAAAAGAAGGCAAAGAUAAGGAAGCUGUUGAGUGAAGCUAAGGAAUCCGCAGCGGAUGCCAAGUGUGCCAGGUAUUUAAUUUCCCUGGCUGCUACUCAGGUGGUUGUAAAGAAAGAAAACUAUGAUGCCAGCACUGAUGAGGAAAGUGAAAAUCCAGCACGGGCCUCGCUGCCAUCAGCUCCGGAACGAAGGGAUUCCUCCCUGCUGGGCAACCCAAAAAUUUUUUGCCUAGCUCCCCGGAGAAAACGAAGGCAAAGGAUGACAAAACCUGCAGGGACAGGAGCUAAGGUGGCUGCUUACGAGGCAGAUCAGCCAGCCCAGGAAAAGCCCGGCCCGGCCUCCUCGGGGCAGCGCUGCCCAGACUGGGAUCUGGAAACCCUGGAGAACUCGUGUGGGCCAGAGGAGCUCUUCAAGGACAUGUAG